AUGGUACAGACACAAAGCUCAAAACCUACGGAAAAAAAAAUCUUAGAGGAUGACUUGGAGUAUCAGUUGGGAAAUCCUAAAUGGAUGAAGAAAUCCAAAUCACUAUGGAGAAAAAUUUUAAAUUGGCUUGUAACAAUCGGCUUGUUUUUUUUGGCGACUGUGGCAUUUUUUGUAAUUUUUGGAUUCCCAGUACAGAAAAUGGCUUUCAAAGAGAAUGAAAAUGUUACAUCGUUAUGUUAUCAACCUUCUGCCCUUGUCUCGUCUACAAAUGAACCUUUCUUAGAAACCCAAGACGUUAGCUGCUCUGAUUUUAUCAACACAGCACAAUUUCACAACGAGAGUCUUGAACGCUAUCAGAAAGUGCUACGCGUUCCAACCAUCUCUUACGAUAAUCUUGGCCAUGUUGGCGAAGAUGAGCGCUGGAACAUUUUCGGCGAUUUACACGACGUUUUCCGCGAUAUAUAUCCAAACAUCUUUAACAAAUUACAAGUCGAAUACGUUGCUACUUACGGUCUUUUGAUUACGUAUAAAGGCUCCAAUAAAGACCUGAAACCUCUCGUUCUUAUGGCCCAUCAAGACGUAGUCCCUAUUGCAGAGGCUACUUUGGACAAAUGGUAUUUCCCUCCUUUCAGCGCCACUUAUAAGGAUGGCCUUGUUUAUGGUCGCGGGGCUACUGAUGACAAAAAUUCUUUGGUUGGCAUCUUUGAGGCUUUGGAGUUGCUUGCUUCCUCUGACUUUACACCAGAACGUACGGUAAUUGCAUCCAUUGGGUUCGACGAAGAAAUCUCUGGAUAUCAUAGCGCUUUGCCUUUAGCAAAACGCCUUUACGAAAGAUAUGGACAAGAUGGCGUCGAGCUUAUCCUCGACGAAGGCGGCUUUGUUACCGAGUAUUAUGGUACCUAUUUUGCCGCUGUGUCUGUUGCAGAGAAGGGUUACAUGGACGUUGUAUUAAACUUAAAAACUCCCGGUGGCCAUUCUUCUAUCCCCCCUCCUCAUACAAACAUCGGUAUUAUGAGCAAGCUAAUCCCACAAGUUGAAAACCCUUUCGAGGGAACCUUGGUUCUCGAAAAUCCGUUCUUUUCUUCUUUGGAAUGCUUUGCCAAAUAUAGUGAAGAUUUGGAUGAACACAUUCGUUCUUCAAUUUUAAAGAAAGACACAGAAGCAUUAACCAAGAUUCUUUCCAAGGACAAGGAUACACGUUAUUUUUUCGAGACUUCCAUUGCUGUUGAUGUUAUUCGUGGCGGCGUAAAGGUAAACGCGUUACCCGAAGAAACAGUUGUAAAUGUGAAUCAUCGUAUUUCCGUUGAGAAGAACCUUCAUCAACUGUACGAUCAUUACGAACAACUUGUUGGUAAAUUCGCAAAGGAGAAUCAUUUGAAUCUUACCAACUUCAAUGGAGCUCAAAUUGUUUCCUAUCCUGAUGCUAUCGGUGAUUUUUCUCUUUCUACAAUAAAGACCCUCGAACCUUCUCCUGUUUCUCCAUAUGGAUAUGGCGCUUCCACUUAUGAGAAGCUCGGAGGAGCAAUUAAACAUACUUUUGGUAAUGAAACUCUCAUUGCUCCUGCGUUGAUGACUGCGAACACUGACACCCGUCAUUACUGGAACCUGACGAAGAGCAUUUUCCGUUGGACCCCUGUCUCUCCUAAAGCUGUUAGUGAAACGAAUGACUUUAAUGCUCACACGGUUAACGAAAACAUGCCUUAUCGAGGACAUAUCGACGCUAUCACUUUUUACUAUAAUUUUAUCCGUCAUUAUGAUUAA